AGCUCAGCGGAAGCUGUCAAAUGACGCGAGUGGCGUCCUGGAGCAGCAAGAGCGGGACUUUGAUUUAUUCAUUGACAAAACCCUUUUUUGAUUUUAUAAAGUAGCUGCUUUUUUGUUUAUCAGACAUGGCGCUACAGAUUGAAGCAAAUUUCCCACCUGGCUUUGCGUGUCUGAAAAAUGUUGAUACCCUGCUUCGAUGUCCCAUUUGCUUCGACUUUCUCAAUAUUUCAAUGAUGACAAAAUGCUCUCACAACUUUUGCUCUUUGUGCAUCAGAAAGUUUUUUUGCUAUAAGUUGCAGUGUCCAGUUUGCAAUACGCAAGCAACUGAACAAGAUUUAAGAACCAACCGUUUAUUGGAUGACUUGGUCGUGAACUUUCAAGCUGCAAGGGAGCAGUUGUCAAAAGCAAAUUUUGAUUCUCCUCCGAUGUCGCCCAGGACCCCAGCUCCAGCUGUCAACGGUAAAGCUUACAGAGGCCGGGGCCAGAAGGGCAACAGCUCUGUUUUGAGUCACUUUUUCCAAAAGCGGCCUAAAACAUCUCCCACUAAAGAAACCCAGCGAGAUGGUUCUGUUGCUCAGUGUGCUGAGCGGACAAAAAUACAGACUGCAUGCACCCACAAUGCAAAUGACGCUGACCUACAUUCAGCAACGGAUCAACCUUCAGUGGUUGUGAAGGAAGAGCCGAUGGAUGCUGAGGAGGCAUCUAUCCAGGGUUUGAUGUCGGUCAAACAGGAAGCUGGAGUCUCGCACGGUUUGACCACCAAGAUUGAGACGGCGCAUUCCUCAUUACCAUCAAGCGACGUGAAGCCAGUGAUCAAAGUGGAGUGCCCUGUCUGUUCCGUCAGUGUUUCACAGCAGUUUAUCAACAAACAUCUGGACACUUGUCUUACCAGAGGGGAGAAGAAGGAGAGCUUGAGGAGCUCCCCUGGCACCGCGAGGCGUCCCAUGACAAAGCUGGUGUACAACCUGCUUUCAACGCUAGAGCUGAAAAGGAGGCUGAAGGAUUGCCAUCUCUCAACGCAGGGCUCCCGAGACCAGCUGAUCAAAAGACACCAGGAGUUUGUCCAAAUCUACAAUGCCCAGUGUGAUUCCCUGAACCCCAAAUCAGCUGAAGAUAUUGCCAAAGAGUUGGAGGCCAAUGAGAAGAUUAAGAAUCAACUGCAAGGGAAAGCCAAACCUGUCAUGGUUUUUGUGAAGAAUCAGUCCGAGAAGGAGAUUGAUGAGAUGCAUUCAAAUUACAGGAAGCAGCACAGCAGUGACUUUUCCCGCCUGAUUUCCCAGGUACGGUGUCGCCUGGAAACCAGCAGACAGACUCGUACCAAACAGAAAGUCAUUGUGAAAGAAGAAGAUGAACAAGAAACGCACUCUGCAGGUCAAGCUGCAGAAUCAAAAAGCUGCUCAGAGAUGAAGGUGGAAGGCGUAGAAUCUGACACUGAGCCAUCUGAAAGGAGGAUCGAAUUGUCGUCUAGCCCCACCUACAGUGACGUGUCCAUCAGCAGUUCUAUUUCUGACAUCUUUGGUCCGGAGCCGACCCGACACCCCGAAGACACAGAGAGGACCUCAGUCCAAAAGCGGACCUCCAGCAUGAGAGGAGACGACGCAGCUUCAUCACUCGUCAGUGGGAAACGACGGCGCAAGACGUAAGGAUUGGUGGAGGAGGGGGAGGCAGAGAGCGAAAAUGAUCUCUCACCUGCCAAUCAAUACCAAUAAACUGUUCAAGUUCAAGCCUAACAAGAGGCGAUCUUUAUGCACAUUCCUGUCCAGCAUUUCAUUUUUCUGAAGUUGGACUUUUCAUCAUGUGUCAUGAUCAAAAUAGUCAGUAUUUAAACAUACUUUGUGGUCUUCCAUGAGCAAUUGUGCACUCAGACAUUUCAUCGGGCACUCAAGGUUACUCUAUUCUAACAGUCCGUCGUCAGUUUAGUUUUUUUGUAUACCAAUUAGAUGCAUUUUUACUUUUUGUUUAUAGACCUAAGCAAACAUUAUCACAACAUGUACUUCUAUCCAGCAUUCCAGCGAAUUCAUAUUAUUCUAUUUAAUAUAAAACCACAUAUUGUUUGUUUUUCAUUUCUACAAUUAUUUGUUUUUUUUUAACUUUAUUUUUCGCAUUUUAUAUCAUGAUAUAUGGUCCAAUGCAAUACUCUGUUUAAAUUUAAAUAAACCUGUUAUGGCAUUUGAACAUUUUUUUGGGUUACAUGAGCGACCUUAGUACCAUGUUCACUAUGUGCAAAGCUAAACUUUGUGCUUGUGGUCGAACAUCUAUUGAAUUAGCAGCAUAAAUCAUUCCCAACAUGAUCAUGUGAAGCUGUAGGUGAUAUUCACAUUGUCCCUCAAAUAGUUUGGGCAGCGCCGAUAAGGAACUUAGUCACAGGUCUUUCCUGUUAUUUACAAUUGUUUUUUUUUGUUCCAUCCAAACAAAUCUGUAGCUGAUUGAUUUGAUUUCUUUGCAAGAAAAGUACCACGGUUUGAUUUAAUUCAAGAAAGCUUGUUAUUGUGGACACCCCAGGUCAAUGCUGCCCGAGUGUAAACACUUAGUAGGUGGUAGCAGGUGUUGUUGUUUGUGUGUGUGGGAGAGUGAGCAGGAACACAUUUGGGAGCAGACCUUGAUCGAACACAAAUCUCGCCUUCAGUCCCCAGCAAGGCGCGUCUGUCUCGUCGUCUCUGUUUGUCUUUCCCCUCAGACGAAUCGACAGCCAUUUCUGUAUUCAUAACAAAUUGGCAUGCAUGUUAAUUCCCCUGAUUGUAUCCUUAAUGAUGUCCUAUACACUGAUGCUGUGGAACCACAUGAGGUGUAAGUACCUCUGAUUCCCGCCCUGAUUUGGGAUGCAGUGAAGCAGGAAACGAUACCAAGCCUCAGGGUCGGCUCCCUCUCGCAUAGAAACCAGUUGCCUUAUUUCUCUGUGCGGGUGCUAACGUUGAAGCGGAUAUGUACCGUCCAGAGUGAGGUAAAACUAUUUAAAUCUCAUCAUUCAUAAGUUAAACCUGGUUUCGACAAAGAUUAAGAUUAAAUGCUGUGAACAACCGUGUCAGCCCGUCUUUUUUACGGUCCAAACCGCCUGAGAGAAGAUAUCAAAUGUUAUCGUCAUGGUGAGAGAUCAGCGUAGAUCAUCUACGUACACCCUCAGGACCAAGUCGUCUGUAUGAAUUACUCCGCCGCUGACCACAGGCGCCAUUAGGUGGAGCCUCAAAGGUGAAGUAGCAGCAAUGUUAACAGCCCUUUUGUGGUUGAAGUCUUUUUGUCCCUCUUAAACAAUUCCCAAUGGUGAUUCAUUUCUAUUGAUCCAGGAAUUAGCCAGAGGCAGGCUUGAGGGGGGAGGGAGGGUGGGGGGCGCGCCCACACUAAUAGGUAAAGAGGGUUGGCUGUCCAGAGUUCCAUUUGUUCAUAGGCUCUAAAAAAUGUAUUUCAGGAAAAGCCAGCAGUGAUAGAAACAGAAUUAUUAUAGUCGGCUUCAUUUUCAGUUGGUUGUUAUAGUUUGUGAUUAUACAAAAUAUAUAUUAUUUUCACUUUGUCACUGGAUGAAGUUCAUAUUUAUAUUUAACAUUUCAGAUAACACUGAUUAAGGGAACUCUUUAGGGACUUGUACCGUAUCCAAGAAAGAGGUAAUCCGUUGAUGGAAUCCAAGUUUUAUCAUUAAACAAUGAGAACAAAGCAAACCCAUUACACAAUAUUAUAUAUUUAUUAUAAUAUUUUGAGUCUCUUGAGUCAUUUUCUGAGUAGCACUUCUAUAAAUAUAGCUUUGUAGGCAGUAGAAGUCAAGUUUGGACACAACUUUCUUAUUCAAUUGUGUUUCUUCCUUUUUAUACAUCUGGCAAGUAUUCCCAUUUGCAGACCAAAGCCGCUCAAAAACAUCUGUUUGUGCUUUGACGGAUCAAUUUGGCUGCAGAGUUUUGUUAAACAAAACAAAAAACAAAACAAAGGUAAAUACUUUUAUAAUACAUAGUAAAAUGGUACAAUAUACUCUUACUUCACUAGGGCCACUUCCUCUGGGUCUUAAACCUUUAAACACAUCUCAUAUCUAACUUAACUUCACACUUUAUUGACUCUUACAUAGCAAGUGACAAUACACCGUGCUAACAGCAAAGAAUUCUACUUUUGCAUCGCCCUUUAGGACGUACCUGACAUUUUCUUUCCGUUUCAGCUGAGCCUGGUGUAUAGAACACAUUUCUUUUGUUUAGGUGCUGUUGAUUGUAGGACAACAUGCUAUGCAAACUCAUCCCAACUAGUCAAAUCAAAUCACAUACAGGGUAACAAUGUAACAAUGUCCAUACGCUGAUCUGGCUAAAAUGUUUCUGAAUGAAUGAAUUUCAAUACAGCUACAUGAAUUUGUAGCUGUAUUGGACUCUAAUGUAAAGUUAGCAAUGAUAUUCUUAAUAACUAAAUUGUUACGAUAAUAAAAAGGAAUGAUGACCUAAACUGCAAAUAACAGGAUCCAAGCUGUGAAAUAAAAGGAAUUUUCCAUUCAGAAAUACUUUUUCAGGUCGCUGAUUGUAAUAGUUGGUUUUUAUAAUAAGCUGUGAUUGUUUCCAUCCCUGCGAUCAAAGAGGAAGAUCCGCGCCAAAUGAAUGCAAUUAGCCUCCUGGUCUUAUGAAUUAUCAGCAGCACCGUAGAGAUCAUAAUGGCCUCAAAGACACACAGCGAGAGCAAGAUAGCAUAAGACAGAGAUAAUAGUAUUUGUCCAUAAUAAAGCCUAGGAGGCUUAUGUUUACAUUCCUAUUUAUUUAAUCUUUUAAUCUAUCUUUUGACAUCUUAUUUUUUGGAAGGACCCACAGCAGGUCGAUAAAAGCGCUGCUGUGCUAAUCCCAGCAUCCUUGAGGACUUCCCAACGUUGAUGAAUGUUUUUGAGCCUAGAUUCAAUUGAUAUUCAGGACACUUUCCCGCUUAACUCGACUAUGCCUACUUUUAAGUUUUUUUUCAUCUGUAAGUCUAAUGAAUUUCGUUGGAAGGUUGGAAAGUUAGUAAAGACCUUAAAAGCACUCCGUAAAGUGCUUUUGCUUUCAUCACAAGUAUGAGCAAUUUAAUGGAGAGACACAAGUCCUGUUCGAUCGCUAAUUAUUUUGUCUGGAGCAACAGCAACACAUCACUGUUGAAAGGAUGAAAAGACUGGCAGACUAAUCGACUACUUUAUAGUAUGAAAUAGUUUCUGUCAGAUGAACAUUCUUCAAUAAAAUACGCUGUACAUUCAGCACAAUUAUUUGCAA